UCGCGCCCUCUAGACCAUCAAGCAAGAAGCGAGUGUCAAAUGUGAUAAUGAUGAAAGGUGUAGUAUGGAUGUGUGCGUCCGUCAAUCUUUCGUACCUACGUCUUUCCGUGAGGCGGCUGAAGCAGGAAAUCUCCGAGCCGUGCUGCUGAGAGGAAAGGAUGGCAGGUGGUGCCGCGGUGAACACUGCCAACACGUGCAGGAGGAAAGAAAGGAUGGCAGGUGGUGCCGCGGUGAACACUGCCAACACGUGCAGGAGGAAAGAAGGGAUGGCAGGUGGUGCCGCGGUGAACACUGCCAACACGUGCAGGAGGAAAGAAAGGAUGGCAGGUGGUGCCGCGGUGAACACUCCCAACACAUGCAGGAGGAAAGAAAGGAUGGCAGGUGGUGCCGCGGUGAACACUGCCAACACGUGCAGGAGGAAAGAAUGGAUGGCAGGUGGUGCCGCGGUGAACACUGCCAACACGUGCAGGAAGAAAGAAAGGAUGGCAGGUGGUGCCGCGGUGAACACUGCCAACACGUGCAGGAGGAAAGGAAGGAUGGCAGGUGGUGCCGCGGUGAACACUGCCAACACGUGCAGGAGGAAAGUGCGUACCUGCUUCAUUACAUCAUGUGCACUCUGUUUUGGAACUCAAUGUUAAACUUUUUUUUUUUUUCCAUGUCAACCGAAACCUGUCUGUUGCCUUCCUUUCUCCUGUCUGCUUCCCACGAAUCUAUGAAGGAAAGAAAGGAUGUGCUUCCAUGGUAUCAUGUCAGUAGUAUUAUCCAUUGAAGGAAUAGUUUAAACCUUUUUCCAGAGCGUUGUUUUUGUCUCCCAUUUUUCUGCCUUCCCAGGGUAUAUAUAUGAAAGAAGAAUGUAAAUUUAGUCUAUAAUGUUCAUUGUAACAUGUAUUGCAGUCUUUGUGUGCUUAUUUUACUGUAUGCAUAGAGAAAAGAAGGAUUCGAAAUGUGGUAAUGAAAAGUAGAACAUGAAAUAAAUAGAUAAUAAAUAAGUGAAUAAAUAAAUAAAUAAAUAAAUGGAUGAAUUAAUGCAUACCCUAGAGAACAUUUCAUACCUUCUGAGCUUACCAUAGCAAAUACACUGAUAUGCUACAAAAAAUGCACACAAGUAUAUGAAGAUGGAAAAAAUGGGGGAAGUCUGUCUUGUGUUGUUAUUUCUAUGGUUACUGCUCUUCUGAAUUUGCCAUCAGCAUGCGUCUCUCCUUCCCCAC